CGCAUCGAAGGGGCCACGCGGCUCUUCUGCGAUGUUUACAACCCGCAGAGCAAAACCUAUUGCAAAAGGCUGCAGGUGCUGUGCCCCGAGCACUCCCGCGACCCCAAAGUGCCGGCAGACGAGGUGUGCGGGUGCCCGUUGGUGCGGGACGUGUUUGAGCUGACGGGGGACUUCUGCCGCGUCCCCAAACGCCGCUGCAACCGCCACUACUGCUGGGAGAAACUGCGCCGGGCGGAGGUGGACCUGGAGCGCGUCCGGGUGUGGUACAAGCUGGACGAGCUGUUUGAGCAGGAGCGCAACGUGAGGGCGGCGAUGACCAACCGGGCCGGGCUGCUGGCGCUGAUGCUGCACCAAACCAUUCAGCACGACCCGCUCAGCCCCGACCUCCGCUCCCACCGCUGAGCGACCCCAACACCCCCCCCAACCCCCCCCUAACCCCCCACCCCCCCCACGGGGUCAUUCGGGGUCAGACGGGGUCACCUGAGGUCACCCGGAGGCCUUGUGAGGCUGUGGGGCUGAGGUCACCUCGUGCCUUUAUUGGGUCACAUGGGGUCAUCUGAGGUCACCCGGGGUCAGACGGGGUCAGCUGAGGUCACCUGGUGCCUUUAUUGGGUCACAUGGGGUCAUCUGAGGUCACCCGGGGUCACCCGGGGUCAGACGGGGUCAGCUGAGGUCAACCAGGGCCAGACGGGGUCACCUGAGGUCACCCGGAGCCCUUGUGAGGCUGUGGGGCUGAGGUCACCUGGUGCCUUUACUGGGUCACAUGGGGUCAUCUGAGGUCACCCGGGAUCAGACGGGGUCAGCUGAGGUCAACCAGGGCCAGACGGGGUCACCUGAGGUCACCCGGAGGCAUUGUGAGGCUGUGGGGCUGAGGUCACCUGGUGCCUUUAUUGGGUCACAUGGGGUCAUCUGAGGUCACCUCGGGUCGUCUGAGGUCACCCGGGGUCAGACGGGGUCAGCUGAGGUCAACCAGGGCCAGACGGGGUCACCUGAGGUCACCCGGAGCCCUUGUGAGGCUGUGGGGCUGAGGUCACCUCGUGCCUUUAUUGGGUCACAUGGGGUCAUCUGAGGUCACCCGGGGUCAGACGGGGUCAGCUGAGGUCACCUGGUGCCUUUAUUGGGUCACAUGGGGUCAUCUGAGGUCACCCGGGGUCAGACGGGGUCAGACAGGGUCACCUGAGGUCAACUAGGGCCAGACGGGGUCACCUGAGGUCACCCGGAGGCCUUGUGAGGCUGUGGGGCUGAGGUCAUCUGGGGUCACCUGAGGUCACCCCAUGUCACCCCUUAGGGUCACAUGACCACGUCAGAGGGUCACCUGAGGUCGCCCUAUGUCACCCCAUGGGGUCACGUGACCAUCUAUCGGGGUCACCUGAGGUCACCCCGUGUCACCUCUUGGGGUCAUGUGACCAUUAUCAUGGUCGCCUGGGGUCACCUGAGGUCAUCUUAUGUCUCCCUAUGUGGUCACGUGACCAUUAUUGGGGUCACCUGAGGUCACCCUCUCUCCCUAUGUGGUCACGUGACCACUAUUGGGGUCACCUGAGGUCACCCCAUGUCUCCCUAUGGGGUCACGUGACCAGGUUGCCUGAGGUCACCCUAGGUCACCCUAUGGGGUCAUGUGACCAAUAUCGGGGUCACCUGAGGUCACCCUAUGUCUCCCUAUGGGGUCACGUGACCAUUAUUGAGGUCACCUGAGGUCACCCUCUCUGUCCCUAUGGGGUCACGUGACCGGGUUGCCUGAGGUCACCUGAGGUCACCCCAUGUCUCCCUAUGGGGUCACGUGACCAUUAUUGGGGUCACCUGAGGUCACCCUCUGUCUCCCUAUGGGGUCACGUGACUGGAUUGCCUGAGGUCACCUGAGGUCACCCCAUGUCUCCCGAUGGGGUCACGUGACCAUCUAUCGGGGUCACCUGAGGUCACCCCAGGUCACCCUAUGGGGUCACGUGACCAUUAUUGAGGUCACCUGAGGUCACUCCAUAUCUCCCUAUGGGGUCAUGUGACCGGGUCACCUGGGGUCACCCGAGGUCACCCCAUGUCUCCCUAUGGGGUCACGUGACCAUUACUGGGGUCACCUGAGGUCACCCUCUCUCUCCCUAUGGGGUCACGUGACCGGGUUGCCUGAGGUCACCAGAGGUCACCCCAUGUCUCCCUAUGGGGUCACGUGACCAUUAUUGGGGUCACCUGAGGUCACCCCAUGUCUCCCUAUGGGGUCACGUGACCAUUAUUGGGGUCACGUGAGGUCACCCUCCCUCUCCCUAUGGGGUCACGUGACCAUCUAUCAGGGUCACCUGAGGUCACCCUCUGUCUCCCUAUGGGGUCACGUGACCAUUACUGGGGUCACCUGAAGUCACCCUCUCUCUCCCUAUGGGGUCACGUGACCGGGUUGCCUGAGGUCACCUGAGGUCACCCCAUGUCUCCCUAUGGGGUCACGUGACCAUUAUUGGGGUCACCUGAGGUCACCCCAUGUCUCCCUAUGGGGUCACGUGACCAUUAUUGGGGUCACCUGAGGUCACCCCAUGUCUCCCUAUGGGGUCACGUGACCGGGUUGCCUGAGGUCACCAGAGGUCACCCUAGGUCACCCUAUGGGGUCAUGUGACCAAUAUCGGGGUCACCUGAGGUCACCCCAUGUCACCCCAUGGGGUCACGUGACCAUCUAUCAGGGUCACCUGAGGUCACCCCAUGUCUCCCUAUGGGGUCACGUGACCGGGUCACCUGAGGUCACCUGGGGUCACCCCCAAAGUGACACCGGAAGUGGGGGGGGGGGGGGGGAGGAAGUGUGGGGGGGACACACGAAGGUGACAUCGGGGAGCGGAGCGCAAUAAAGUGGUGGCACCAAA